AUGCCACUCCUGCUCUCUGCUCUCUGGCUCACGACUGCGGGCCUCAUUUACAACCCACUCGGUGCCUGGUUGCACGACAAGGUUAACUCGCGUCGUGGCAUGUACAUUUUCGGACUCUUCGGCUGUCUCCUCACAACUUCGCUGCUCGCAGCCAUGACCGCCGAGUUCUCCGGCACAGCAAACCGUGCAGGUAACGGGAUGGGUAUCUUCUUCAUCUUUCUGUACCUUGCCUUCCAAGGAACGUGUUGCGAUACCACAAUGUAUCUCUAUGUAUCAGAGAUCUUUCCUACGGAGCUUAGGCCCAUGGGCAUGGGUUUCAGUCUGUUCGGGCAAUUCGCUGCCAGUCUGGUGUUACUGCAGACUGCUCCAAUAGGCUUUUCCGAGGUUGGCUGGAAGUACUACCUUGUCGUUAUUGUGUGGUGUAUCUUCUAUAUCCCGAUGGUAUACUUCUUCUGGCCAGAGACUGCUCGUCUGAGCUUGGAGGAGAUUGGCAAGCAAUUCGGCGACGAUGUCGCUGUACAUAUCAACGACGCCACCGAUGAAGAGAAGAGAAUCUUGGAGCAGCAAUUGAAGGAUGCAGAUUUAGUGCACCAGAAGGGGGAUGGGUUUCAUUCGUCCUACCGACCUGUGGGUCGGCCCAAGCGGCUAAAACAUUGA